CUAUUUUUCUUUCCAGCCUAAGCACAUAAACAUCAGCAACCAUGGUUGAGUGGACCGAUAAGGAGCGCUCCAUUAUCAGCGACAUCUUCUCCCACAUGGACUAUGAUGACAUCGGACCCAAGGCUCUCAGCAGGUGUCUGAUCGUUUACCCCUGGACUCAGAGACACUUCAGCGGCUUUGGAAACCUCUACAAUGCUGAGGCCAUCAUCGGCAACGCCAACGUGGCAGCGCACGGCAUCAAGGUGCUGCACGGCCUGGACCGCGGCGUGAAGAACAUGGACAACAUCGCGGCCACCUACGCCGACCUGAGCACCCUGCACUCCGAGAAGCUGCACGUCGACCCCGACAACUUCAAGUUGCUGUCUGACUGCAUCACCAUCGUCUUGGCCGCCAAAAUGGGACACGCUUUCACUGCAGAGACACAGGGCGCCUUCCAGAAGUUCCUGGCCGUCGUGGUGUCCGCCCUGGGAAAGCAGUACCACUAAACCAGCAGCUUGUGCUCCUGGUAAUUAAGGAGAUCUGACUUCUGUCUAGAAGUCUCCUUAAUAAAAAAAUAAAGUCUCACUGAAGAAAAAAGUU